AUGGAGGACAAAUUGGGACACACGGUCACGUUCCUCGCCCCGCACUCGGCCGCGGUGCGCCACAACUGGCAGCGCAAGCUCAAGGUUCGUGCGACUCGAUGGGCCUCGCCUCUGGCCACGCGCAUGCUCCCCGUCUUCGCGCGGCCCCUCUUCCUCCCCUUCCACAUCCAUCCCCUCUUUUCACCUCGCAUCGCCCUCUCGGCUCUCGCUCGCAUGGACACCGAAGCAGCAUUCGAAUCAGCACAGAUUGGUGGUCGCGGCAGAGGUCGUGGAAGAGGAGGCUUCAGAGGUAGGGGCAGAGGAAGGCCGCGUGGGCGGGGCCGCGGUCGCGGUGCUGCGGCUGGGGCAGGCGAAGGUGGAACGAGUGAAGAGCCGUACGGAGAGGUCGAAACGACCGCGUCGAUCGUCGAGAUCAUCGAGACGGAGGAGAUUCCGAUUACUGAAGAGGUUGAGGGCGGCGCAGCAGAGGAAGAGCCCGCUCAGGGUCAGCGCGGACGCGGAAGGCGCGGAGGACGACGCGGGUAUCGGGGUUGGCGACGUGGAAGGGGCAGGGGCAGGGGCGCUGCACCUGCCGAAGACGGCCAUACUCAGCCAGGCGAAGGUGAACAGGCCGAAGGGACGAGGGAGGCUCGCCCUCCUCGUACGAAGAGGGAACGACCUCCAAGGCCACACUUGACACACUUCAUCUCUCUCCCAAUCGGCCACCACGCAGAUCUCCAAAAGACCAUUUCGUCCUUCACGGACGCUCUCCUGGCCGCAGAUCCCGCCAUUACCGGGCUCGACCCGAGCGUCGUCGUCCCUGCCCGUCGGCUGCACUUCACACUCGGCGUCAUGUCUCUCCAGAAGAACGCGAAUGGAGAACAAUCGGGCGCAACUGCAGCCUCCGACGGUGCUGAGCAGAGUUCCCCCACGCAGAAGCCGACGCUGGCGAGCGCGAUCGCCCAUCUGGAGAGUCUGAAGCCGGACAUCAUAGAAUUGCUUGCGGGACAGAAGCUGCAUGUUGAGCUGGGUUUGAUGGAUAUCAUUAGGGGAGGAAAGGGAAGUUUCAAUCGCGCUAACGUGAUGUGGGUCGGACCACCUGAAGAUGGCGAGUUCGCGGAGAAGUUGUGGACCGUCGCGCAAUUCGUGAACAAGUCGUUUACAUCGGCUGGUUUCGUAGUGGACGAGAACCGCCCGCUCAAGCUCCACUGCACCAUCGUCAACACGGCACAUCGCAAACCGCGCCCCAAAUACCGUACCUUCUUCUCCUUCACGUCCGUCCGCGCCUCCGACGCUCUCCGCGCGAUCGCGCUCGACCCGGACUCGCUCACUGUCCCCGUCGCAUCCACGGCCGACGGCGGCAGUGGCGACGCUGAGGUCGCGGCGGAAGUAGACGCGGCGGAGCCUGCCGUCGCGGAGGACACUACCAAUGGGCACGGGGAGGCCAAGGGGAAGGGGAGGCCACCGGGCCAGGGCGCGAAGAAGCAGGAGCCUGUCCGCGUCGACCUAGGCGUUUGGGGCGUGGACGAGAUACAGAUCUGCGAGAUGGGGAGCCACGGGCCUGAGGGGGAAUAUGUGUGCGUCGGGAAGAUCGCGUUCGACUGA